AUGGCAAAGAGAAUGUGUGACCUUCUUGUUGGUAACAAAGGCUACCAACCGGGCUCGUGGGACCCGACUAGUAUGCACAUCCGUUGCUUUUGCCACAAGCUGGCCUUAAUAGUAAAUGUGGGUCUUCAGGCCCUGUCUCUCAAGAUCCUUCCUCCCAAGAAAGAAAAAGCAUCAGUUCUGGGAUUCUUUCCAGUCCUCGGGAGGAUGGUUGAAGAAGAUGAGCAAGAUCUCGGUGUUCAAGAUUUACCGGUUGAUGUCGAAGGUGCAAAGAAGACAAGCCCUCCCAUCAAUCUUGCCAUAGAUUCCAACAGCGACUAUGGCAAUGCAGACGACAAGACUUCCGACAAAGGUCCUGAAGAGUCUGAAAAAAUUGACUCAGAUCACGAGACCACGUCAGCUGCACAUCUUCGACAUGCCAAGACUACCAAGCUCAAGGAGCUUACCGAGGAGCUUGAUGUAGUGAUCAAACAGAUCACUCGCUCAGCAGCCCAGCGUUCUAACUUUGACCUCACGGCUCAGAAGCUGAAUGUUAAGGUGGCCCCUUUGAUUGCGGGGUACGGCAUACGCUGGAAUAUUCGCUAUCAAAGUCACCAUAAGGCUAUUGAAGCCCGUGAGGUGAUUGAUCAAAUCCUCAAAGACAAUCAGCAGCACAACUCGUCAGAAAUCUUUUCCAAUGCAUACUUCUCCCCGCGCGAUUGGAAAGAAUUGGAUAACCUCAAUUGUGAGCUUGAGGUAUAUUCGAAGCUCACUUCCGAGAUGGAAGGAAAUUCUUUGACUGGUACCCAUGUCCUGCCAAAGUACCUCGAACUCAAAGAGAGUCUUACUACCAAGAUUGAAGCCUCUGCGGAGACUAGCUCCCUGUAUCCUAUGUAUCAGGCUAUGUUAAAACGUGUUGACAAGUAUCUUAACAAGGCGAUGGAAUGCGACACUCUUGUCAUUGCCACUAUCUUGCAUCCCUGUUACCGGAUGCAUAUCUUUGAGCUUGCGUUUGGAACAGAAAGUGACGAGGCUGUUAAUUGCCUCAAGCGGCUUCAAAAAGAAUAUGACCAGACUAAGGAGAACAUCGAAUCAAACAAGCCACCGGAGAACACCAAUGAAAUUGUUGAAGUUGAAAAGCCAUCGACUUCCCUGCCCGGUUCUCUCAUGGCUCGUCUGCCGGUCUGGCCUCAAAAAUGGGCAAACGAAAAGAAAAUCCUCAGUCGAACGAGAUCAAAACAUACCUGA